AUGUUCGAAAGAGCGUACUACCAGCAAAUCUUCGGUACCGCAAUGGGAAACCCACUUUCGCCGAUUAUUGCGGAGUACGUGAUGGAAGACCUUCUCGAUAAUGCCGUUGCCGCCAACACGGUCGUGAUUCCGUUCCUGAAAAAAUACGUUGAUGACCUGUUUCUAGCACUUCCACUCGAAAAUGUUGAAGACGUUGAGAUCUUCAAUCAACAAAACGAACACAUUCAGUUCACCGUCGAAAGGGAGGAAAACAGCAGACUACCGUUCCUCGAUAUGCUGCUGGUACGCCAAGAAAACCACACAAUAAAAACGGAAUGGUACAGGAAGGCAAUUGCGUCGGGUAGGUUCCUGAACUACCACUCAGGACAUCCAAUAAGCAUGAAGAUGAACGUCGCCUUCAAUUUUGCAAAACGGGUGCUCCGGUUCUCGACAAACAUCAGCCUGAAACAAGCAAAAACGAUAAUUUUCGGGCUUCUGAGGUUGAAUGACUACCCUUCAAACAUCAUCAACCGAGUAAUACAUCGCGCAAGUGGAAAUCCGACCAAUGGAACAGCUAUGGAAGUGAGUAGCAACGAAAAUGAUCAGGAAGAACCAACAAAAACAUACUACUCACUCACAAACAUACACGGUCUAACACAAACAAUAACAAAAACAUUGCGUCGGGAAUUCCCAAAUGCACAUAUAGCAAGCAAGCAGCGCAAAAACAUUGGCUCGCUACUUCCAACAGUAAAAGAUCGUACACCGAUAGAAGACCGUCACAAUGUUAUCUAUCAGGUGGACUGUGCCGACUGCGAUGCUUGCUAUAUCGGUAUGACUACUCAGAAGCUCAAGGCACGACUAUCAAAACACAAAUCGAACAUGACAAAACUACAAACACUACAGAAUGAUGGUCACACAACCGAAGAUGCUGCUAUCCAGGCAAUAAUGGAAACAACGGCGCUCGUAAAUCACGCAGCCUUGAAGAAUCAUACGUUCAAGCUCGGUGAAGCCAGGAUUUUGGACACUACACACAAAGGAAGAAAUUUGCCGAUCCUGGAGAGCUGCCACAUAAACAACACUUCAAACACAAUAAACAAACGGACGGACACGGACAACCUUCACAUCGCUUAUGCAGGGGUUUUGCAUUGGAUGAAUAAUUUUCAGCAAAACCGAAGAACACGAAAUGCCUGAUCAAAACAAACAUGAAAAAUUGAUUGUAAACACACACACAUACACACUCACGAUCGGGAAACGUUUUAUUUACUCACACCAAAACACUAAAGAUCUCACACACACUCUGGAAUAGGAAUCAGAAAAGAGCCAAAAAGCAAUGGUGCUAGAUCAAGUGCCGGGUACCAGAUUCCAGCUCAGCUUAAAUAAGAGCUUUUCCACGGUUAGGCUUACACCGACACCGUCCGUUUUGGCGAGGGAGUAAGUACACGGAGAGUUUUGCAGUGAGGAAAUAUUAAGUUUUUCAAAUUUGCGUUUUUUAAAACAGAAACUCUGAACCGACAUUUACACGUUCCACAGAACCACACUGGACGAAAAAUCUGUAAAAUUCGAGUCCCAGAAGAAGGUCCCAAACGGACCGAAACGUCGGACAAGAUAAAAUAGCAGUAUUUUUAUUUUUGUCAAGACUGGCAAGCCAU